AUGGACGACGAAAUUUCAGACUCCCCUCCCACCUUCAGUGUGAUGUACGCUGUAGUGUUCUCCGACCUGCGAGCUGCAUUCAAGAGGGCGUCAGAACGGAAAAUUCACCAGUGCUCGAUGGAUCUUUGUCUUAUCGCGCUCUCAGUACGGUAUGGCAAAUUCACCUACGACAGCUUCUGGAUAGUGUGGAUUGAAGAGGGACGAUAUCAUCUUUGGGUAGACAGGACUGGAUAUCUUUUUGAUGCCUUCGUUCCUUCCGUUUCACAUACCACGACGCCUGCCCAGUCCUUUGCCGGGGUGCUCAUCAAGUUGCGUGAGAUCGCCAGGCCUAGACGGGCACCACUUGCAUUUGGAUCGCACAAAGGAAAGCCCGGUAUCGAAGUUGGAUUGACCCUAACGAAGGUUUUGCAGAAACUCCCCGCAUUCAAUACUGUGGUGCUCGUGCAAGAACCACAGUCUGCGCAGCUAUUCUUCGUGAAUACCACGCUGCUACGGGAAAGAUGUUCUCUCCGCGACUCUGAAAGAGCUCAACAACCUCCGGGAUGUGCUACUGAUCCGUGGAUGCCCGCGCCGCCCGCGCGGGUCCUCGCUGCACUUUCAGAACUCUGUCGGGACAGCCUAUUGGCACGGACAUUCCCACCAACUGCCAAUGCCGUGCUAUCCUUAUCUCCCACCCUUGAAAUCACGGACAUCGUACCGUUGGCGGCAUACCUACUCGAAUACCCCGUCGCGUAUGUCCCUUGCUCCGAGGAGCAAACGUCAUUUCUAGCCGGCGCCGCGCUCGACGUCUACGAGUGCACUUUCCAGGCCGCCGAGGCACACAUUGUACUGAAGUUUUCCUGUCCCUCGGGCAUCGGGGAGCUGCACCCAGAAUUAUCAGCCGGAAGACUUGCGGAAAGCUUGAAGCACAGAUUUGGGCUUCGGCUCCGAGCUGCGGGACUUCCAGACAACCUCAUUGUACAGCAUCACAUGAAGACUUACGACAGGGUCUCGUUAUAG